AGUAUUGGCGCCAGCUGGGUUACUUUCAUUAGAAGAGUUGCCACAUCCAACUGACUUGAUAAGAAGGAAACAUGUGAAUGAGCUCUUUAAGCUUGAUAUUUUAAUAUGCUGUGUUGUUUUGAAUUUUCAUUGGACACUUACAAUUAUCAAACCAAGUGAGAAAAUAAUCCUAUAUAUUAACCCUCUUGGUGAAACCAAAGCUUCUAUAUUAAAAGAAGAAAAAAAGUGGAAUAGUUACUUGAUGCAAAGAUACAGUGUUAUAGAGAAAUUCGAGUUAGUGACAUUACCACAUGCGUUACAAACUGACAAUAUAUCAUGUGGAGUCUUUUGUCUGAAGUUUGCUGAAAAUUAUAUAAAUGAAUCAGAGUUGGCGCUUAACUUUCCACUAGAAGAUGUUAUAGAGUUUAUAAAGAAAGUGGUGCAUUUACUUAUGGAAAGAGGAGAUCAGAGAAGAUGGCAAGAUAAACUUUGUCGAAUCUGUGGGAAUGAAAGAGGACCAAGUACACAACAAAUUAAAAAGUCAGAUAAAUGGAUAAAAUGUGCUAACUGCAUUCCAAAUAGAUGGUUUCAUAUGGAAUGCAUUGGUUAUGCAAAAGAAACAAGUGAUUUAUUUACUUGCUCAAACGUUUUUCUUUCUAAUAUAUGUCUGCCAUGAUCAGAGUUGAUUGCAAAACAAUUAAAAUCAUUGAUUUUGAAAAGUUGAACUUUUGAAAAACAACGUUGUUUUUGUUUG